AACAAUAGCCAGUAUCUAUUCAUCUGCACAUCGGUUUAUGCUGCGCGCUGGGUACUGGGUGCCACACAGACCGGGGCGAUGGGUUCUGCUACAGAGGAAGAAUUUAAAGAGAAAUUGCUAUGGAACGUGAAACGAGAGGUGAAACAGAUCAUGGAGGAAGCCGUAACCAAGAAGUUUGUCCACGAGGACAGCAGCCACGUCAUCGCUCUGUGCAGUGCCAUCGAGGCUUGCCUAGGUCACAUGCUGAAACGCAGAGCUGCAGGCUUCCUCCGGAGUGAUAAGAUUGCUGCACUUUUCACCAAAAUAGGGAAGGUGUAUGCCACAGCUGAAGAGGUGUGCUGUAAGGUUCAAGAACAGCUGCAGCAGCAGUCUGACAUUACCAGGAGAACCCAGAGCAUCGGUCAGGAGCCCCUCCGGAGACAGGGUUCCUCAGCAGGCCGAGUCCCCCAACCUCUUUCAGCUCAGGCUAUUAAGCACAUCUGGGUCCGCACUGCCCUUUUCGAAAAGGUCCUGGACAAAAUAGUGCAGUAUAUUGUGGAUAACUCAAGUAAGUAUUAUGAACGAGAAGCCUUGAUGCACGACUCAGUAUUCGGUCCUAUAUUAGCUGCACUUCUCGUUGGGCCUUGUGCUCUGGAGUAUACGAAGCUUAAGACAGCAGACCAUUUCUGGACGGACCCGUCAGCUAACGAGCUGGUUCAGAGACACCGUAUACAUGGGGCACAUCGAGGACAGGAAGCAUCGCCCAGUCGCAGACCUGCUCUAGGGAUCCGGAAGAGGCAGUCCAGCGGGAGCAUGUCCGAGGAUAAGUUUGCAGCCUCGGCGAGGGAGUAUGUGGAGUCUCUUCAUCAGAACUCGCGCGUACAUCUACUGUAUGGAAAAAACAACGUACUGGUUCAGCCGAAAAAGGACAUGGAAGUGUUGAGGGGGUAUCUGUCCCUACACCAGUCUGCUGACACACUUACACUGAAAUGGACACCCAACCAGUUAAUCAACGGUACUUUGGGGGACUGCGACCUGGAAAAGAGUAUUUAUUGGGACUACGCAUUGACUGUGCCCUUAAGACAGAUCGUCUGCAUUCACUGUCACCAACGGCCGGACUGUGGUGGGACUCUGGUGUUGGUUAGUCAGGAUGGAAUUCAACGCCCCCCUUUGCACUUUCCUCCUGGUGGUCACCUGCUGGCAUUUUUGUCUUGUCUGGAGACCGGCUUGCUACCCAGGGGGCAACUGGAGCCUCCUCUCUGGUCCCAGAAAGGCAAGGGUAAAGUUUUCCCCAAGCUACGUAAGAGGAACAGCACGGCGCGGUUGGUGGAUCACGAAAGUGAUGAAGGUGAUGAAGUCGCUGCGGACUAUGUGUUUCGCAUUGUCUACCCAGGACAUCGGCACGACUCCAUCACUAUAAACUACCACCACACCACGGGCAGUCGUGCGCCCUCUCUGGAUGACGAUGAGGAGGAGGAGGAUAGACUUCACGCAAUGAUCUCAAUGAUCUGCUCGCGGAACCUCACAGACCCUAAUGUCAUGAAAGACCAUGGCGACGUCAUAGAAACGCAAGGCUUCGGCGUUAGCCCGUCAUCGUGGCAGCAGACCGAGAUUUCGAGUCAUGCGUCGUCUUGCCUGUCCUGCUCGGCCGGGGUGGGCAGCUUGUCCGCCGACCUUCCUGGAGCGUGUACCUGCAUGAACGAUCGGGUUCCUCUUAAGAUGCUGUGUCAUAACAUGAAGAGGCAGAUCGUCUCCAGAGCGUUCUAUGGCUGGCUGGGCUACUGCCGGCACCUGUCCACAGUAAGAACACAUCUGUCAGCACUGGUCAACCACAAUAUCGUUCCACCAGACAAACCCUGUGAAGCUUCUGGAGGACUGAGCAAAGAUGUUUGGAGCAAAUACCAAAAGGAUUGCAAGAACUACAAGGAGCUUGAGCUGCUGCGUUUGGUUUACUACGGGGGUGUGGAGCACGAGAUUAGGAAAGAGGUGUGGCCGUUUUUGCUGGGACAUUAUAGGUUUGGCAUGGACAAGAAAGACAUGGCACAGAUUGAUGAGAAGAUCAUGGUGCGCUACAAGCAGGUGAUGCGAGAGUGGAAGGCUUGUGAGGUCAUUGUGAAGCAGCGAGAGAAGGAGAUGCAGUCUGCCAUCUUCGCCAAGUUGUCCUCGGGCAGCAGCAUCGACAGCCAUGUGAUGAAACUCAUCCACCGAGACUCAACCCUCAGCAAUGAGGUAUUCAUGUCAGUGGACGAGACCGAUGUCGGUCACAAUGCUCCGUGUGAUAACACGCCCACCAUGACCGCCAUCAUCAAUCCGGCCGCUCUGGCUCCCGACGACAGGCAGAUGGUCGAGUUUGAUUCUCCUGACUCAGGCCUCCCCUCUUCCAGGAACUAUUCCGUAGCCUCCGGGCACUCUCAGAUUUUGUCUAGCAUCGACGACGGGCAGAGCAUGGAGGAAGAACCGGGAGACGAGGCCAUGCUAAGGGGUGGACAGGGAGGGCAGAGUGAACGGGACACGCCCACUGAGGACAAGCUGUGCAGUCAAAUGGAUAAGAUGGUCACCUCCAGCGAGGACGUUGUACCGUCCUUUUCAUCAUAUACGAUUGAGCUUUUGGACACAGUGGCUCUGAAUUUACACAGAAUAGACAAGGAUGUCGCACGAUGCGACCGCAACUAUUACUACUUCACCACCAGCAACCUGGAGAAACUGAGAAACAUCAUGUGCAGUUAUGUGUGGGAGCACCUAGAGGUAGGCUAUGUGCAGGGCAUGUGUGACCUCCUAGCCCCCCUGAUGGUCAUUUUGGAUGACGAGUGCCUUGCUUACAGCUGUUUCACACAGCUAAUGAAGAGAAUGAGUCAGAACUUCCCCAACGGAGGAGCCAUGGACACCCAUUUUUCCAAUAUGAGGUCCCUGAUACAGAUCCUUGACUCCGAGCUGUUUGAGCUGAUGCACCAGAAUGGAGAUUACACUCACUUCUACUUCUGCUACCGCUGGUUCCUACUGGACUUCAAGAGGGAGCUGCUCUAUGAGGAUGUUUUUGCAGUGUGGGAAGUCAUCUGGGUGGCACCCUACAUCUCCUCCAAACACUUUGUGCUAUUUAUUGCGCUGGCUCUGGUGGAGGUGUACCGGGAGAUCAUCCGGGACAACAACAUGGACUUCACGGACAUCAUCAAGUUCUUCAAUGAAAUGGCCGAGCGCCACGACGUCCAGCACAUCCUGAGGAUAGCGCGCGAGCUGGUUUACAAAGUGCAGACGCUCAUCGAGAACAAGUGAGCACAAACAAGCGACCGGCCGAAACCCACUUCUGGCUCCUUCCCCGUUUCCUACGCCUACCUUUCCCGUCGACCCACUCGGCUCCCUGCGCAGAAAAAGACAAAGGGAAGGAGAGCAUACUUGCUCUCUAGGACUGCCUAGGGUAAAGCGAUGAGGCUGUCCGGGACCCGCCGUUCGUCUGAGGGUCCUAUUUCUGUAUCCUUCGCCUAAUGGAAUGCCGUUGUGUAAGCCCUUGGAG